AUGAACGGCGUCCCAGAAAAGUUCGAACUACUGGACGACGAUCGCACAUUUGCUCAGCGUCUGCCCAACGGCGACCUAGUCAAGAUGGAUUGGCAUACCGAUGCGGAUGUUGUGUCUAUCUCCCACUCGCAGGUACUUGAAGACAUGGCUUGCAAGUUGAAAGCGAACGAAGAGGUUCGGGCCAGCUUAAUUCGGCGCAUCGCCGUCUUAGAGGGGCGCGACCCCCUUCUCUCGCUUCAGGUCACUCAGGCCUCGGGAGAGCCAACUACGCACGACAUCUCCGUGAACGAUGGCGCACUCAUCAAGCUCUUGAAGUGCAAGCUCUCUGGUCUGGAGAAGUCGUGCACCGCUCUGAAACGUCGGGUCAACGAGCUUGAGCGGGGCACCGGCGAUUUGAAUCUCCGCUGCGAAGCCCUGCAAAACGAACUGCAGCGCGCGCAGGCUCGUAGCGUCCUAACUCGUGACGUACAAUCUUUGGUCGACGGCCUUGCGCAAGCACUCGAGUGCAAGCUCUGUUACUGUGUCACACAAGACCUCCAUACCCUAGGCUGCGGGCACUCAUUCUGCAGCCAGUGUAUCACAGGAUGGUUCCGCGCAUUGCGUGACAAAUUCGUAGAACGACACGACGAAUGGGACGGAUAUCACCGUCCAUAUGGGACUGAAGUGGAGGCUGGCCCCACGUAUACAUGCCCGGGAUGCCGCAGCAUCCAUAUGAUUAACACUUGCCCGCAGCCAUCCUAUAAGCUGGUGGACGUGAUAAGGAUUGUCGAAGGUAGCAUUGAUCUUGUCGAUCGAUCCGUUCCUGCGGCGGCCUGGGCGGACUUCUGCCGCUACGAUUUCAGCUACAGUAUACUGCUCAUGCCCCACCUUCUAUCUGAGCGACGCGCUGGCACUCUGCUCAACUUGAUUGUGCCUAUCGUGCAUGCUGCGGUCGCGAGGCUGCGAAUUUUCCGUUCGCUUUCGCUUGCUCUCACCCGCCAUGUCAUCUCGUAUGGACAACGCGAGACCAUUGAAGGCAUUGUCGAGGAUAUAGAUCGAGAGCUCGACGAGUUCGAGAUCGCCUUGUCGAAACUGUGCAGAGGAAGAUGUCAACCCAGGAGUGGUUGGAGAUCUGGCUUCCCAAUGGGCGCGCCGAGCGGUGACUGGGAACAAGCUACGUUUGACGAGGCUUUACGAUUGAAAGAGCAGCACUCCAAAGCAAAGCAGAUGGUUGCCCGCCCGAUCAGCGAAUCCGGUCUCACCGCCCAGCAGUACGCAGAAUGCGAGCGGGUUGUGCGCGAGUGGCUAACCGGCCCCGCCGGGCCUUCGUCGGCAUCGAUCGAGUAG